UGCCCACAUACUCUUUGUCCCUCCCUCUAGAGAGAGAAAGACAAAGGUUGAGAAAGAAAGCAUGGAUGAAGCUAAAGAUGUGAAGAAAGGUAGCAGAAAGUGCAAUCCUUUGAGAGGAAGGAGGACUCAACCAAACACUCUAAUGGAGCUCUGCAACACUGCUCAAUUUCCUCUUCAUGAGAGAUUCUACUUGCAUAGAGGAUACCAAGCUCACCCUGCUCUUCUUCCUCUUCCUAUCACACCGCCUUUGCUUCUCUUCAUACCGCCAACUCCAUCUCUUCCUCAUCUUACUUUUCCCAGAUCAAAAGUUCAGUAUCAGAAGAACUUCCGGCCUCAAAAGCCUCCUCGGUCUGGAUCUUCAGAUGCUGAAAUUGCAUUACUGCCCAUUCCUCAAGAUAUGGAGCUUAUUAAGCCGAAAACCAGUAUGUUACCAGUAAAGGAAGGUAAAGCCAUGAAUUCAGCAGCUUCUUUAAAUGCAGACACAAAGCUUGCGUCUCCAAUGGCGGCGGCUCGAAGACCAGACCAUGGUGGCAAUGAAGGCUCUUCAAUUUCUCUUCUAGCUAACCAUUUCCUUGUCCAAUUUGAUCCAAAGCAGACAAUUUUUCAUUAUGAUGUUGAUAUUUCGCCGCGGCCCUCGAAGGAAAUAGCCCGAAAGAUCAAGAGUAAGCUUGUUAUGGAGAACUCCGAUGUCCUCGCAGGCGCCAUGCCAGUCUUUGAUGGAAGGAAGAAUCUUUAUAGCUCUGUUGAGUUCCAAGAUGAUAGGAUUGAGUUUUUUGUCAGUCUACCAAUGGCCAAAUCUCAAUCUUUGAACAAGGGAGAUGGUGUUAAUGUGUUUGCGAGCCCAAAAUCUAAGCUUUUUAGAGUUAGUAUCAGAUUGGCUUCCAAAUUGAGCGGAGAGGACUUGAAUAAGUAUUUGAAAGAGGAUGAAAAGGAUGGAGUUCCUCUUCCUCAAGACUAUCUCCAUGCUUUAGAUGUCGUUCUUCGAGAAAGCCCUGCAGAGAAUUGCAUAUCGAUUGGACGAUCUCUGUUUUCGAGCUCCAUGGGAGGAGUUAAAGACAUUGGUGGAGGAGCUGUGGGAUUAAGAGGUUUCUUCCAGAGUCUUAGACCGACUCAGCAAGGCUUAGCACUCAACUUGGAUUUCUCAGUGACAGCUUUUCAUGAGAGCAUUGGCAUCAUUCCUUACUUACAGAAACAUUGCAAGUCCUUAAAAGAUCUUUCUGAGAGUAAAACAAGGCGUUUGGCUGAGGAGGAGAAGAAGGAAGUUGAGAAAGCUUUGAAAAACAUUAGAAUUUUUGUAUGUCAUAGGGAAACAGAUCAAAGAUAUCGAGUUUAUAGUUUGACAAAUGAAGUUGCAGAGAAUCUGAAGUUCAGAGACAGGGACGGAAAGGAUCUUUCAUUAGUUGAGUACUAUAGGGAUCACUACAACUAUGAGAUACAAUUCAAAAACCUUCCAUGUUUGCAGAUAAGCAGGAGCAAGCCAUGCUAUCUUCCCAUGGAGCUGUGCAUGGUCUGUGAUGGACAGAAGUUUCUAGGAAAACUCUCAGAUGAUCAGACUGCAAAGAUUUUCAAGAUGGGCUGUCAAAAACCAGCAGAACGAAGAGAUAUUAUCAAUAAGAUCAUCAAAGGAGAAAAUGGCCCAACCAGUGGUUGCUAUGCUAAAGAAUUCAAGCUUAACAUUUCAAAGGAGAUGACCCAACUCCAAGGAAGAAUCCUCCAACCUCCCAAGCUAAAACUCGGUGAUGGCGGGCACAUAAGGGAUCUUACUCCGACUCGGCAAGAUCGACAGUGGAAUUUUAUCAACAGCCAUGUCGCCGAGGGAUCUCAGAUAAAAAGAUGGGCUUUGAUAAGCUUUGGUGGCACCUCAGAACAGAGGUCCUCCAUUCCCAAUUUCAUUAACCAGCUCUCUCAUCGAUGCGAACAAUCCGGUAUAAUGUUGAACAAGAACACUAUCAUCACCCCUUUAUUUGAGCAGAUGAAGAUUCUGAACAAUGUGGCAGCUUUAGAUUCCAAGCUUAGAAAAAUUCAUGAAGCUUCUUCAGGAAAUCUCCAAUUUAUGAUCUUUGUGAUGGAGAAGAAACACAAAGGAUAUGCAGAUCUGAAAAGAAUUGCUGAAACUGGCAUUGGUGUUGUGAGUCAGUGCUGCUUAUAUUCCAAUCUAGCUAAACUCAGCUCCCAAUUCCUUGCAAAUCUAGCUCUUAAAAUCAAUGCUAAACUAGGAGGAAGCAAUAUGGCUCUUUUCAACACCAUUCCCUGUCAAUUUCCAAGAAUUUUCGACGACGAUGAACCCGCAAUCUUCAUGGGUGCAGAUGUAACACACCCACAUCCAUUAGAUGAUUCAAGCCCAUCAGUUGCUGCUGUUGUGGCCAGCAUGAACUGGCCUGCAGCAAACAAAUACAUUCCCAGAAUGAGAUCACAGACCCACCGACAAGAAAUCAUCGAAGAACUCGAGCAAAUGGUAUUUGAAUUGCUCGAAGAUUUCGCGGCCUCGGUUCACAAGCUUCCUACCAAGAUCAUCUUCUUCAGAGACGGCGUCAGCGAGACGCAGUUUCAGAAGGUUUUGAAAGAUGAAUUGAGAGCAAUUCAGAUGGCUUGUUCAAAGUUCCAUGAUUACAAACCUUCAAUAACCUUUGCAGUGGUUCAGAAGAGACACCAUACUAGACUUUUUAUGAAUCAAAAAGUUCAUUUUGGUGAUGAGAAUAUCCCACCUGGAACAGUCGUGGAUACUGUCAUAACUCAUCCAAGAGAAUUUGAUUUCUAUCUUUGUAGCCAUUGGGGGAUGAAAGGAACAAGUAGGCCAACACAUUACCAUGUGUUGUGGGAUGAGAAUAAAUUCAAAUCUGAUGAGUUUCAGAAGCUUAUACAUGAUUUAUGUUACACAUUUGUGAGAUGUACUAAACCAGUUUCUCUUGUUCCACCUGCUUAUUAUGCUCAUUUAGCUGCUUAUAGAGGAAGAUUAUAUCUUGAGAGAGCGGAUUGCCAGAAAGUAAAGCACAGCACUACAAUCUGUAGAACUGCUCCUCCUAAAGCUGAGCCCUUGCCAAAGAUUAGAGAUAGUGUGAAGAAGCUUAUGUUCUAUUGUUGA